CAUAUCAAAUGUACUCAAGUGUCAUUCCGGGUGGCAACAGUCUCCAAAACGAGCACACCUACCCGGACGGCAGCGGUCUUCCGGAGCCACGACGACGGCACAGAGUGACAGUUGAUUUGUCCAACGGGAAGCCCCGCAGCAGCAGCGACCUCUCAGUCUGUACAACGGGCGGGAUAUCCGCAGUAGUAAGCUAGCUAAUAACAUGGCGAAGACUUACGAUUACUUGUUUAAACUACUUUUAAUCGGCGAUUCGGGCGUCGGGAAGACCUGCGUGCUUUUCAGAUUUUCAGAAGAUGCCUUCAACUCAACGUUUAUCUCAACUAUAGGCAUUGACUUCAAAAUUAGAACGAUAGAAUUAGAUGGAAAGAAGAUCAAACUACAGAUAUGGGAUACGGCAGGACAAGAGAGGUUCAGGACCAUCACGACUGCCUACUACAGAGGAGCCAUGGGCAUCAUGUUAGUGUAUGACAUUACCAACGAGAAGUCCUUUGACAACAUCAAGAACUGGAUAAGGAAUAUAGAAGAUCAUGCCUCCGCAGAUGUAGAGCGGAUGGUCCUCGGGAAUAAAUGUGACGUCAAUGACAAGCGACAGGUGUCCAAAGAGAGAGGAGAGAAACUGGCACUGGAUUACGGUAUCAAGUUCAUGGAAACGAGUGCAAAGGCAAACAUCAAUGUGGAGAAUGCGUUCCUAACCCUCGCUAGAGAUAUUAAAGCAAAAAUGGACAAGAAACUGGAGGGCAACAACCCUCAGAGCAGCAAUCAGGGAGUCAAGAUUUCAGAGCCGCCCAAGAAGAGUAGCUUCUUCCGCUGCACGCUUCUGUGAGAAGACGGAAGCGUCGGCAUCCACCGUCGCCUUAACUGCGUCCCCCACUGGACAGAACUGGACAGAGCACAUUCAGAUGCCUGUUUUACUCCUCCUCCCUUGUCUUCCUUCUAAAUUUAUCUUGUGAUUAAUUCGGUAAAAAAAACAUCCUUCCUCGGUUUAUCUUCUAGUCUUCCUUUACGACACCAGUGGAUUUCGCUGCUGCGGCCUCUGUUAAACACUGACACCUUCGACUUGAAUCCAGAAAUUUUAUUCACGUUUAAAGGUUGUCUCCUGGUGAGACACUGAAGACGAUCAAACCGUUUUUCCUCACAUCUCUAGGCUCAUGUCAUUUAAAAGUUUAUUUAUUUCAUUCUUGCAACCAACAGGACCCCGGAUCCUGCCACAUGUUUGCACUGACAGCCUGGUCGAUUUCUUUUGUUUUUACAUCAACGACAUGUAAAAUGCAGCAUGUAAAUAUAUAUGUGUGUCGCUGAUUAUGAGAAAGUACCUUUUACUCAUCACAGCUACUGUAGGAUUUACAUUUCCUAUCCACCGUUUUCGUUCUUGAUUUCGUAGGCUGAAACAUUCCACGCUUCAAGCAAACACUUUGAUGUGCAAUGUGAUGUAUGUCAUCUGGUUUGUGCUCAUUAACUACUCAGGCGGUUGCCUCGUAGUCGGUGCAGGCCUAAGGAAAAUGAAGAUGAAAGGUCGCACUCAAACCCAGACACCUGGAGGAAUCGCAACAAUGAUGAAAUCAUUGUUUUUUUUUUUUUCUACUUGAUCAACUUGUCCGUUCCAAUGGGGGAACACGUACUCAACAGUUUUCCUGGGCCUUGGAUUGGGGCUGUGCUGUAGCAGUAUUUAUGGAGUGAAACAAAACACAGCACCAAAAUGACAAAGUGCCCUUUUCCUGUUCUUAUUGAGUAUGCACUUUCUCCUUUUUGUUCUUCCUGUUUAUACAAAAAAAAGUUCUUAACAUUUAAUGACUGUUUGUUGUCUUAACUGAAAAAAAAAAAGAUAUUAUUGCACAAGAGAUUUACGCACCUGUUUUGGUCCUUUUGAAAGCACCUGAGCUGUGACGCCUCAGCACUGUAAGCCAACGAGUCCAUCAAAUGUUUACCAAAGCAUUCCCGCUUGCUGGUUGAAUGUUUUUACAGUUCGCUUCAAGCUUCCCUGACGGCCCACGAGCUGCCUGUCUUCAGACGGUCGGCUUGGUUUUUGACCUGCUGUCUUGACAUAUUGUGCGUGGUAAAAGCUGAAAGGAAAAAAGGUUACGCGCAUGUGAUUUAACGCUUAAUAUUUGGAAUUAGGAAGGUGCCGAUCUCCAGAAUUAUGUUCAGAGGACUGAAAAUAGGAAAUUAUUAUAAAUCUGAGUUCAUAUCAUUGUUCUUUCCAAUGAGAGUCUCUAAUUACACGUGGUGCUGUAAAGUUUAGCGAAUCAAACUUGUCACACCAUGUUGUCUAGUUUGGGGUUAACUUAUAGUUUCAGCUUUUGGUUUGCUCUUACCAGUUCAUUGAAGUGUAAAGCACCAUUUGGUUAGUAAAUUGAUUCUCUGUCCUUUAAAAUUCGACAGUGUUUGCAUAUCUUCAACAUUCCUAAAGUAGGUCUGGGAUUUCCUCAGAGAUUAUUGAUGGGCUCCAUGUGGAAUAAAUAAAAUAAAUACUUCAGCAAUUGUAAAUAAGAUCUUCAAUGAUUGUACUGUAGUUUCAUAAAUUCUAUUGAUCUACACUUUUUGUAGAUAUAUGUACCUUUUGAUUUAUUAAAGAGAUUCUUUGAAAUA